UAUUUUUUGGUUGAGAUACCGAAACAGCAAAAUGGCUCUUCUGCUACAUCCUCGGCCUCUACAUUCUUGUUUUUCUGCCUGAAGUCUAUCUUAGAAUCUCGUGUGCGAAACACAAAGGGGAAUGCAAGCUGCGCAUCUCAGCAAUGUGGCAUGAAAGAUCUCUCCCAUCAAAAACCAAAACCAUAAGAACCAGCCUAUCCAAACUAGGAGACCUACUAGCAGUCGCAUCCCUCACCAAAACUUUGUCUGAGUCCGGCACUCGUAACCUCGACCCUAGUUCCAUUCCCCUCUCGGAGCCUCUUAUACUCCAGAUCCUUCGCUCCAACUCCCUUCACCCCUCCAAGAAAAUUGACUUCUUCAAUUGGUGCAGGUUUUCACUCGGGCCCAAUUACAAGUACUCCACGGCCGCCUACUCCCACAUCCUCCGCACCGCAUGCCGCACUAACCAGCUUCACGAGAUUCCCCACCUAUUACUUUCCAUGAAGGAAGAUGGUGUCAUCGCAGAUCCUGAGACUUUUAAGAUCUUACUUGAUGCAUUUAUUCGCUCCGGUAAGAUUGACUCAGCACUCGAGAUUUUGGAUCAUAUGGAGGAGGUGCAGUUGGGGACGACUACGAGCUUGGAUCCCAACAUGUAUAACUUGGUUCUUGUGGCUCUGGUUAAGAAAAGCCAGGUGGGUUUGGCCAUGUCCAUCUUCUUUAAGCUUCUGGAAGGUUCAGCUUUGAUCCCCAGCUCUGUUGCCUGUAACGAACUGCUUGUUGCCCUAAGGAAAGCAAACAUGAGGGUGGAAUUCAAACGAGUCUUUCACAAACUUAGGGAAAAGAAUGGGUUUGAGUUUGAUACUUGGGGUUACAACAUAUGCAUUCAUGCAUUUGGUUGUUGGGGUGAUUUGGCUACCUCUUUAGAGCUAUUUAGAGAAAUGAAGGAAAAGAGUUUGUGUGGUUCUGGAUCAUUAGGUCCGGACUUGUGCACCUAUAAUAGCUUAAUUCACGUUCUAUGCUUAGUUGGGAAGGUGAAAGAUGCACUAAUUGUGUGGGAGGAGUUGAAAACAUCUGGUCAUGAGCUCGACAAGUUUACCUACCAAAUAAUUAUUCAAGGGUGCUGUAAAUCCUAUCGGAUGGAGGAUGCAACCAACAUUUUUAGUGAGAUGCAGUAUAAUGGGUUUAGCCCAGAUACUAUUGUGUAUAGUUCACUCCUAGAUGGGAUGUUCAAGGCGAGGAAGGUCACGGAAGCCUGUCAAUUGUUUGAGAAAAUGGUUCAAGAUGGGGUACGGGCCUCGAGUUGCACAUAUAACAUUGUGAUUGAUGGUUUGUUUAGGAAUGGGAGGGCUGAUGCUGGCUACUCUCUGUUUUGUGACUUGAAGAAGAAGGGUCAGUUUGUGGAUGGUGUUACUUAUAGCAUUGUCGUGUUGCAACUUUGCAGGGAGGGUCUGCUUGAGGAUGCACUAAGGUUGGUGGAAGAAAUGGAAGACAGGGGCUUUGUUGUUGAUUUAGUCACUGUGACGUCACUCUUGAUUGGACUUCAUAAGCAUGGGCGGUGGGAUUGGACAGAGAGGCUUAUGAAGCACAUUAGGGAUGGCAAUCUGGUUGCUAAUGUUCUUAAAUGGCAGGCCGAUAUGGAGGCUUCGAUGAAAAAUCCACAGAGAAGGAAGGACUAUACACCAAUGUUCCCUUCCAAAGGCGACUUAGGUGAGAUUUUUAGCUUAAUAGGUUCUGCAGACAAUACAGUGGACAAUGAGUUUGUUUCAGAUGACUCUGGAAUCAAAGAUGAGAGGACUUCAUACACUGACAGUGAUCAGUGGUCGUCAUCUCCAUACAUGGAUCAAUUGGCCAACCAAAUGAAGUCCGCCGAGUAUUUUUCUCUGCCUUUUUCAUUAUCUAGAGGGCAACGAGUUCAAUCCAAAGGAACAUCCUCGUUUGAUAUGGAUAUGGUCAAUACUUUCUUGUCUAUAUUUCUUGCCAAGGGAAAGCUGAGCUUAGCAUGCAAAUUGUUUGAGAUUUUUAGUGAUAUGGGUGUUGACCCUGUGAGUUACUCGUACAAUUCUAUUAUGAGUUCAUUUGUUAAGAAGGGUUAUUUCAAUGAGGCAUGGGGUGUCCUUAGUGAAAUGGGUGAGAAUGUUUGCCCGGCAGACAUAGCAACAUACAAUGUGAUUAUUCAAGGCUUAGGGAAGAUGGGAAGAGCAGAUCUAGCCAGUUCUGUCCUUGAUAAGCUAAUUAAGCAGGGAGGAUAUCUUGAUGUGGUCAUGUACAACACACUGAUUAAUGCCCUUGGGAAGGCUGGUCGGAUAGAGGAAGUAAACAAGCUUUUUGAGCAGAUGAGGACUAGUGGAGUCAAUCCUGAUGUUGUCACCUUUAAUACUCUUAUUGAAGUUCAUAGCAAGGCAGGUCGACUGAAUGAUGCAUAUAAAUUCUUAAAAAUGAUGCUGGAUGCAGGAUGCUUGCCUAACCAUGUUACAGACACAACUUUAGAUUUUCUGGGAAAGGAAAUUGAGAAAUUGAGGUACCAAAAGGCAUCGAUCAUGGACAACAAGAGUGAUCCUUGAUGAAAAAUUUUGCGGAGUUUUGUUGGCCAUGGGGAUUCUAUAAAUGAAAUCAGGACACAGCCACUGAAACCAUCACUUGUGGUGUCUGCAAGCAAAGUAUGCAUCAUAACACCUUUUUUUGUUUCUCUUACCCUUUGUGUUAUAGCGUAUCACUAAUAUUCAAGUGACCAGGAUGAAUCAGUUCGUCUAUGGAAUAUUCAUACUGGAAUAUGCAUUUUGAUGUUUGCUGGAGCUGUUGGUCAUCGCAAUGAAGUCUUGAGCGUA